CCGGUCGAAAGUUGAAAAAAGCUGGUAACGAUAUUCCUCCAACGACGUCCGGGACAAAAUCUCAAAUUAUGAUGCGUCUUGAGAAAAUGGUGAAUGAGUCCGAUAUUAUGCAAGGGGCCAUUCGUACUAUAGAUUUUGAUGAAGGUGUUUUCGGAGCUGCUCAUUUCGAAAUAAUUGCAAAGGAGGACAUGCAACAACUUUUUGAACACGACGAAUUGGGCAUCGCUGUCAUUCAUACAUACAUAUGGUAUAUGUAUGUAACAUUGCUGCGGGGAACUGAAUUGUGUAACCGUUUCAAUUUUAUUGCUGCUUCCCGUAUCAACGCAACGUUAAUAACGAAAAAUCCAACAUCCGUAAAGAAUGAUCUAGUCGAUAGAUUCAUGGCGGCCGACGAUAAGACUACACCCAGUUUGGUGUAA